AUGCAUAGAGUUCGUAACAUGAAAAAGUCUCAUAAGCCUCAGACUUCUUGUUUGACAAGUGAAUCUGAAAAACAACUGGAUUAUUUGCCUGACAAGCUAAGAGCAAAGCUGCUUCCUUUCCAGAAAGAUGGCAUCAUUUUUGCCCUUAGAAGAGAUGGCAGGUGUAUGGUAGCUGAUGAAAUGGGUCUAGGAAAGACCAUCCAGGCAAUUGCAAUUGCUUACUUUUAUAAAGCAGAAUGGCCUCUUUUAAUAGUGGUCCCUUCAUCUCUGAGGUACCCUUGGACAGAAGAAAUAGAGAAAUGGAUUCCAGAACUAGGUCCAGAAGAAAUCCAUGUUAUCCAGAAUAAGACUGAUGUUGGGAGAAUAUCGACUAGCAAAGUGGCAGUUCUGGGUUACGGUCUUUUAACUACAGACGCAGUGACUUUGAUACAUGCACUAGAUAAUCAGAACUUCAAAGUGGUCAUAGUGGAUGAAUCACACUACAUGAAGUCCAGAAAUGCAUCCCGCAGCAAGAUUUUAUUACCAUUAGUUCAGAAAGCGAAACGAGCCAUUCUUCUUACAGGAACUCCAGCUUUGGGAAGGCCUGAAGAGCUCUUCAUGCAGAUCGAAGCUCUCUUCCCGCAAAAAUUUGGAACAUGGACCGAGUAUUCCAAAAGAUACUGUAAUGCACAUGUCAGAUAUUUUGGUAAAAGACCUCAGUGGGAUUGUAGAGGGGCGUCAAAUCUUAAUGAACUUCACCAGCUGUUAAGUGACGUGAUGAUUAGAAGAUUAAAGACUGAAGUGUUAACCCAACUCCCCCCUAAAAUCAGACAGCGUAUUCCAUUUGAUCUUCCACCAGCAGCUGCCAAGGAAUUGAAUUCCAGUUUUGAAGAGUGGGAGAAGUUAAUGAGAACUCUAAAUUCAGGAGGCAUUGAGAACGGUAGCCCCUUUUUACAAGUCAUGGGGUUGAUUACUCGCAUGUUUAAACAAACUGCUAUUGCCAAGGCAGGUGCUGUGAAGGAUUAUAUUAAGGUGAUGCUUCAGAACGAGUCGCUUAAAUUUCUGGUUUUUGGUCACCAUUUAAGCAUGCUCCAGGCUUGCACAGAGGCAGUCAUAGAAAACAAGACUCGUUACAUUAGAAUAGAUGGAAGUGUUCCAUCAUCAGAAAGGAUACAUCUGGUUAAUCAGUUUCAGAAGGAUCCUGAUACUCGUGUAGCUAUCCUAAGCAUUCAGGCUGCUGGUCAGGGUUUAACAUUUACUGCUGCAACUCACGUUGUAUUUGCUGAGUUGUACUGGGACCCUGGACAUAUAAAACAAGCAGAAGAUCGUGCUCAUCGGAUUGGACAGUGCAGUUCUGUGAAUAUUCACUAUCUCAUUGCAAAUGGGACUUUAGACACCCUUAUGUGGGGGAUGUUGAAUCGUAAGGCUCAGGUUACAGGGAGUACAUUGAAUGGCAGGAAGGAACAACUUGAGGCUGAGGAAGAUGAGAAGGACAAAUGGGAUUUCCUGCAGUUUGCUAAAACUUGGACUCCAAAUGAAAGUCCUGAAGAGCUCAAGAAUGAAGUUUUGUUCACUCAUUUUGAAAAAGAAAAACAGCAUGAUAUCCGAUCAUUCUUUUUACCAAAACUGAAGAAAAGACAGUCGGUGACCUCCUGUGUUGAAUCAAGACUUCUCCAGGAGAAAAGUAGUGAAGAGGCAUCAGGCUCUACAAAACUAGCUUCAAGGGAUAGCAUUGGAAAUGAAAGUGAUAUUGAACCAGAAGCAAAAAGAUUGAAAUUGGUUGCUGACCAGGACUGCCUCAGUCCCCCCGAGGAGAAACCCUUCUGGCGGAGGCAAACCAAAGCUCCACUCACUGAAGGUGCCCCUGAGGCCACCCCAUCCCUUCCUGGAAAGGGCUGGCAGUGUGGUUUCUGUACCUAUAUCAAUAAUUCAGCAUUACCUUAUUGUGAAAUGUGUGAGAAUCCUCCAGGCGGUACUGUUCCACAAAUAGAUAGCCUCAUCCAGAUCCAGGGUAAAACCAAAAGUGGGAAGGAUGAUUCUCAGAAAGACAUCUCCAAAGAAGUUUUCACUAAACCUGACUGUGAAAACGAAGUGCUUGCACAGUCAACACCCGAAGUAUUACCAGAGAACAAGGAAGGUGGACUCACACCCCAGCCAGAACAGUUGAAGACUUUGCCGAUAUAUGAUAUCUUAAUGUUCUGCGCAAGUAAAAAUACGGAUCGAAUUCAUGUUUAUACUAAGGAUGGAAAACAGAUGAACUGUAAUUUCAUUCCUUUGGAUAUAAAAUUAGACCUUUGGGAAGAUUUGCCAGCAAACUUUCAGCUGAAAGAAAAUCGCUCACUGAUUUCAAGGUUUGUUCGAGAAUGGAGUAGCCUAACCGUCAUGAAGCAAAGGAUUAUCAGGAAAAGCGGUCAGCUGUUCCGUAGCCCAAUUCUUGCUUUGGAAGAGAUAGCAAAGCAACAAACCGAACAGAACAGUACCAAAAGAUACAUAACCAAAGAAGAUGUUGCUGCAGCCUCGAUGGACAAGGUGAAGAACGACGGGGGCUAUGUCCGUCUGAUCACAAAGGGCUCUAAGGACCCUGCCACAAAGAAGUUUCUUGGCGAUGGAACUUAUGUCCCAUUUCUAAAUCCCUGCACAGUUCAAGCUGAUCUCACUGUGAAACCUUCUACUUCUAAAGGCUAUUUUCAAGCUGUGGAUAAAGAAGGGAACCCACUUUGUCUUCACUGUCAGCAACCCACUGGCGAAACUAAGCAAGAGUGUAAAGUGAAUGCUUGGGAUUCAAGGUUUUGCUCUUUGAAAUGUCAGGAGGAAUUUUGGAUUCGUUCUAAUAACAGUUACAUGCGAGCCAAAGUAUUUGAAACUGAACAUGGUGUGUGUCAAUUAUGUAAUUUGAAUGCACAAGAACUCUUUUUACGACUUAGAGAUGCCCCUAAAAGUCAAAGGAAAAAUCUUCUGGAUACUACCUGGACUUCCAAGCUUCCAUUAGAACAGCUAAAUGACAUGAUAAGAAACCCGGUAGAAGGCCAUUUCUGGCAGGUGGAUCACAUCAAACCAGUCUACAAUGGAGGAGGCCAGUGUUCCUUGGACAACCUUCAGACACUCUGCACUGUCUGCCACAGAGAGAGAACUGCCAGACAAGCCAAAGAAAGAAGCCAGGUGAGAAAACAGUCUGUGGCAUCAAAGCAUGGAUCAGACAUCACCCGAUUUUUGGUAAAGAUGUGA